UGCGCGCAUGUUGAACGGAAUUACAGAGUUAUGUCAGAUUGCCCCAUCGAGUGACGUCGCGUUCAGCAGCACACCGCGAGUAUAUAAGGUCCUGCUAUCUGACAUGUACCUCUUCACCUAUCUUAAGUGCCUUUUCAACGCAGAAUCAACACUAUGCACUCCCUUCCCAGGACGUUCAUCAUCCUCCUCUUAUCUCCAUAGCCAACAUAGCACUGUCGGAUUAAUGGCUAUUGUCCCGCGUUCUGUGAAUUCACGCCGCCAUAAAGGCUGGGUCGUUUGUUGAACUGAUAAGUAUAUACGCGCAUGAUUACCCUGAGGGUGAGUAUUGCUGACAGCCUAUCAAUAGCAGGGUCUGCUAUCCUCCUUUCCGGCUCUUGUGGUCUGCUCGACUUCCUGCGCACGUUACUGGGUCAUGAACCCACGACCAAACGGGAGUCAUCCCACGAGGAUAUCACUGCAUUUGUAGUCAUCCGGCACUGAGUAUGCAAGACUCGGAUAGAAGCCGCUGGACGUUCGAGAAUACACUGGCCAGUGAUGCGAUAUAUACGGGAGUCAAGAGGCUUCUCUGCGAAGACAGUGAUUACGCGGAAGGGAACGAG